AUGGGCGAGGCGGCGCUCGGUCUCGGCGAGAUGGCAAGGAUGGUGAUACCUCCAACGGUUGCGCCGACGCAAUCAUUUAAUUGUUGCUGCGACCUCGGCUACGCUGCCAACAACGCCGAUGAGCGACAGGCCGAAGAGAAUAAAGAGCCAGGCUCUGCGCAACAGGUGUCGGAGAUUCGACCUAGCAGGGUAAGGAAAAUCAGCUCUAUUCGCAAUUACAUGGAUUUCAUCAUGGCCGCAGACUUUCCAAGCAAGCCACCGCUUGCUGUUCUUGAGCGACUACAGCUCAUCUUCAAGCUUCUCGUCAUAUUUCCUGUGUUUACAGCGUACAAUCUCGCGUACAUGAUUCCCGCCGCCAUUCUCAGACGCAUGGACCUGCGAUACGCCGUCAUUUGCGGCCUUGUCAGGUCCGUCUUCACCCUGCUGGAGCCGGCCGAGGUGCAGGCGCUCGUCCCGCCGACACGCACGACAUACGAGCAAUGGAUCAAGGCCAAGGCGCGGCAGCCGGCCUACCGCGACCGCGUCCUGCUCGACGUCCAGCCGCUGUCCACGGGUCGGGACUCGGCCAUCCUCUGGCUCGGGGACCGUCGGCGGGCCCAAAAGGUGGUGCUGUACAUCCAUGGCGGCGGCUACGUCAUCCCCCUACUGCCCGGCCACCUGGACCUCUGCUGGACGAGCUUCGUGGCGGCGGGCGCCGCGGCGGGCGUCGAGGUGGCCGUGGCGCUGCUGCAGUACACGCUCGUGCCGCGCGGGCGCAUGCCGACGCAGCUGCAGCAGGCCGUGGCCGCGUUCGACGAGCUGCGCGCCCAGGGCUUCGCGCCGCGCGACAUUGUCGUCGGCGGCGAGUCCGCCGGCGCGAACCUGACGAUGCAGUUUACGGCGCACCUGCUGCGCAAGCACCCGUGCGUUCCCGCCGUCCGCCUCCCGCACCCGCUGGCCGCCGUCGUGGCCGUCUCGCCCGCGCUCGGCUCCGACGCGCACAGCAGAUCGCUGCGCGAGAACAGCAGCGUCGACAUGAUCACGGAGCCCCUGCUGCGGCGGCUGGCGGGCGGCAUGCUUCCCGAGGGCGAGGCCGAGACGCUCGAGGCGGUUGACAACCCGUGGGCGCGGCCGCUGGACUCUGAUCCCGCCUUUUGGGAGGGACUUGGCGAGGUCACGGCGCAAAUGUACUUCAUGGUCGGUGACCGCGAAAUACUCGCGGAUCAGUCUCGUUGCAUGGCUGCGAUUGUGAGGAAACAAGCACCAGACGUCACUGUCCGCCUGGACGAAACGUCGGGCCAGCCGCAUAGUGGCAUUCUGUUGGAGGCCAACAUGGGAAUAGUUGGCGAGUCUUUGAGGAACAUGAAGGCGUGGUAUACGGGAUUAAUCAUCAUUGCCUUUCGUCCUGCGCCCCGGUAA